GCUGUAAUUCCACCCAGAAUUACUUGAUUGAUUCAAGCAGGGGUUCUUCUAGAAUCCACGUGCACGCUGAAUCGUUGAUUUGCAUUCAAUGCUUGCAAAAACAGUCUCAUUAGGCCUAAUGAUGAGAAGAAUCCUCAUUGUGUGAUGCUGUCACAUGCUUGAUUACUGAAUGGUGUUGAAUGAGUGAUUUGCUGCCCUGGGCUCGUCCCAAUAACACUGUGAAUGUGGGCUAAAAUGUUCUAUUUCUUCUCUGAUUGCAACGCCUGAGUCCCAUAUUGGCAGUAUGUUUUUAACUCCGUGAUGCAUACACCUAUGAUAUUUAAAGGCCAGUCUUCACAGUCAUGGCUUCCAUCUUGACUCUCUCCUUCUCAUACAGGGUUGGCUUAUGCAUGAACUGUGAUAUGGUUGGUGAAAACUCAUAAUCCCAUCAAACCUUUAAGAAAGAACUGCGAAAUGCCCUCUUGUCUUCACAAUACUUACACCUGUUUCCUGUUUACACAGUUGCCCUACUUGGAAGACCAUGGUGGAUAUGGCAGUGAAUUGGUGGUGUGAAUUACUCUAUUUCUUAAUCUUAAGACAAUAGGCACAGAAGAAAAUGCUAAAUAAUAAUAAUUUAAAAAAACGUCCUGAACAGACUUAUAAAUUAAACGCUACAACAAAAAUAAACGUGACAAUAUGCAAUGCAGAGGACAUUAUAAUUUGUUCUCUUCAUUCUGAAAUAAAUAAGUGUAAAGAUAUUCAGCGGAACAAAGAAAGAACGCGUCUGUCAAAUAAAUGUAAUGUAAAAAAGAUCGCGUUAUUUGCUGGAUAGAAAAUCCAAUAAAACGCUCGUGACCAUGGAUGAUGGACGUGCUCCCUGAUUCCUCACGUGACUUGGGAAUGUGCAACGUGAUGACGUCACGCUACAGCCAGGUCAAGUUACUGUAGUUCAGUUUGCUUCUUCCUUGUUCUGUUGCUUCCUAAAAACCGGUCUACUCCUGGGAAAUAAGUACAAUGUCCCAUCAAACGGGAAUACAAGCCACCGGCGAAGUAAAAGACAUUUUUGCAAGAGCAAGGAAUGGCGAAUAUCGCCUCCUGAAGAUUGUGAUUGAGAAUGAGCAGUUGGUGGUGGGCGGAGCCAAGCAUGCGGCUAAGAGCUGGGACCAGGAGUAUGACUCGUGCGUUCUUCCCGUCCUGGAGGACGACCAGCCGUCGUACAUCCUCUACCGCCUGGAUUCCACCAACAACCAGGGAUACGAGUGGAUCUUCCUGGCCUGGUCUCCCGAUAAUUCACCCGUGCGACAGAAAAUGUUAUAUGCUGCUACAAGAGCUACCCUAAAAAAGGAGUUUGGAGGAGGACACGUUAAAGAUGAGAUUUUUGGCACAACAAAGGACGAUGUGUCUCUGAGUGGAUACAGGAAGUACCUCACCUCCCAGUCUGCUCCUCUUCCUCUUACCGCCGCCGAGCAGGAACUGAGACAGAUCAAACUCAACGAGGUGCAGACGGACAUAGGCAUGGAGACAAAGCAGCCGACUCUUCAGGGCGUGGCCUUCCCCAUGAACCGCGACACCGUCCAGGCCCUAGAGAAGUUCCGGGCGAAGAAGCUGAACUACGUCCAGCUUGAAAUAGACUUUCAGAACGAGACCAUUAAAUUGUCCGACACCGCUCCCACGGAGAUCAAAGAUUUGCCGAAAAGGAUUCCGAAAGAUGCUGCCCGGUACCACUUCUUCCUGUAUAAGCACUCCCACGAGGGGGAUUACCUGGAGUCUACAGUCUUCAUCUACUCCAUGCCUGGGUACAAAUGCAGCAUCCGGGAAAGGAUGCUGUACUCGAGCUGCAGGAACCCUCUCAUCGACACGGUCGAAAAUCACAUGCGCAUUGACAUCGCAAAAAAGAUCGAGAUUGAGAAUGGGGACGAGCUGACCGGUGAUUUCCUGUACGAGGAGGUGCACCCAAAGCAGCACGCGCACAAGCAGGCUUUCGCCAAGCCCAAGGGCCCGGCGGGCAAGAGGGGGGGCCGCAGGAUGAUCCGAUCUCCAGGAGACGAGGAGGAGGAUUAUUAAAUCCCCCCCCCCCCAACUUUCAUCCUACAAUGGAACAUUCCAUUUAGUUACCCCGGGAAACCCAGAUUCCAACGGACAGCUGUAAACCCUUCCGAAACUCGCUAAAAUGCACCCUCCCCAAACACCAAACCCCCCCCCCCAACUUCCCCCCCCUCAAGACUGAACUAUGCACAAAUGAAGAAAACCGCUAGGCUCAAACUCAGAUGUGAAAUUCUGUUUGUAGCUAGUUGUACUGUAAGUGAAUGAAGUUUAGAUACACGAGAAUGUAUUCACAAAGUGUUUAGUGAUGAGAUAUUAUUGAUUUCUUUACCAUUAAUGAGGAGACGUGGGAGAUGAAGCGGAUGCAUAAUUCGUUUUCUGAGAAGAUAAGUUGCAGAGGUGAUGUCUGGAUUUGUGAUCAGUGUGUUGAAAAGCAACCCAAUCGAUUCAUGUUGUGUGUGGCAGAUGAGAGUAAACUGGUUUUUGGACCAAGGUUUUUGAGCAGUGCAGGCAUCGGUUUUAGCAAAGGAAAUAUUGCAAGUUUUAUCUUGCAGCAUCCAUAAUAUUACAAAGAUUUUAUAACAGGAAAUAGGACACAGAUUUGAUACAGCCAUGGUUUAUGGAACAGGUAACUGUAGAGAAACUAUUUUUCUAUGCAUGUGCUGUACAUAGGUUUUGUUGUCUGCAUUAAAAACGUAUUUUCUUUCCCUGCUACAAAUCAAUUUUCUGAUCACAUUAUAUUGACCAUGGCUGCCAAAAACUGUUCCUGGAGAUCUACUGUCCAGCAGGCUUUCGCUCCAACCCUAACAAAGCCCACCUCAUUCAACAGCUAGAGAUUGUGCUGAGCUGCUAAUUAGUGGAAUGAGGUGUGCCAAUUUAGGGUUGAACUAAAAACCUGCAGGACAGUAGAUCUCCAGGAACAGGGUUGGGCAGCCCUGAUUUUGACCUUUGCACUGUCUGCCAGGGAGAAAGUCUUUUCCUGCAUCUCAAACAUGCCAAACGUGCAAUAAAAGCAGCCCUUUGGCAGUCUCUCCGACCACGAUCCUGAAACAUUUGUACUGUAGAGGAGGGCAGAUACAGACUGUCUGAUUGAGAUCCGUCCACAAUGGAAACACUUGUCUCCUAAUUUAGGCAAAGGUAAACCACUGUUUGAACUAGGGAAUACAUUUCUCAGUCAAAUGUACCUGUAGUUAAAUAUAGUGAAAAUUAUCAUGUUGUAAGUCUCCAGUACAUUUUUUUUUCCAAUAAAUUGUUUUAAAGAAAUAAAUCAAAAUAAAUAUUUAAAUAAUC